ACCGGAGGAGGAGGGACUCUGCCCAGAGGAAACCAGACGGCUCUAUUCUAAUCGCAUUUUCACAAAACUCACUUUGACGCAUGGCUGAGGGAUUCUCCCGCUACCUGUGAUAUUCAUAUGGGGAAGUGCUGCCCUGGAAAAAGACUGAGAGGAUUGCGGCAAUUCAAAGCAUCCCGAACGAUCGGAGCUCAGCAGCAGCAUCUCAUUGUGUGAAAUGCGUCACCGAGAUCCAGUUUACCCAUUUCAGCUCUCCACUAAAGGACUGGUCCCCGUAUUGACCGUUGUGUCAGAUGAUGUAUUGUUCCGAGUUCCACCCAAUCUUAUUCUAAUCUGGGCCAAGGCAGGGGUCUAUGGAGCAUGACUCAAAAGGUAACCACAUGCGCGGGCCGGUGUCACCGUGCUGAGCCCGGAGAGCACGAAGGGUAUUGGGGUCAGACAGAGACACGAGUGGUCGGAGACAGGCGGACCGGAUGACAGCCAGACCCGCCGAGGCCUCGUCUGGGCUGUCGGUGCCGCUGCACCGCUGCCACGGAGGUUUCCAAGCCAAUAAUGGCACCUGCGCGGAGCAUCUCAGCCUCUUCCCGCCGUUCUCCUCCACCCUCGCUCUCCUCGUGCUGGUGGCCGUGCUCGUGGGGAUCAUCCUUGUUUCCCUGGCAACGUUCCACUUCCACAAGAGGAAGCUUCGAAAUAGGAAGAUCCAGCGCGCGCAGGAGGAAUACGAGCGCGACAGUCGCAACCCCGCGCGCGCCGGGGCGAGCGGGGAGCCCGUGAGGCCGUGCGUCAUCGUCCGACCGGUGAGGCGCGAUGAGAAGCUCUCGUGCCAGAGCACGGACAGCGGAGACGUCGCGGCUGAGGGCCAACCGGCGCCGCACGAGGCAGUUCCUCUUGACUGUUAACUCAGAGAAACUUCAGGGAACGAGACUGUGGACUAAACCGGAAAAGCAAUAAGGCACAAAGAUUCACUCCCAUCUCCGCUGCUUGUAGAUGGCAUAGAAAGCAGUAAAAUGCAGAAUACUGAGCAGAUUAGGCCUUUAGGGAUAAUAGUGACCAACAGGUUAGCUGUGUGCCAGCACACCUCCAUAAUAGUAUAACACACACACGGGCCACGCACCAGCUACUGGUUUAAUCAGAGUUAAGGAAAAAAGAUGAAGGCUUGGAUGGGUCAGGAUGGGAGUCAUGAGGACUUGGAGACUCAGAAUGAAGGUUCUGCCUCGGAAAGAGUAUAGCCUGGCCAGGUAGAAUACUGAUGACUAGGGAUAAGCUAAGGGAUGAAGGACAAGAAUUAUGGUGAAUGGAUUUGCUGUAACCAGGCUGGAUUUACAUGAAUUUGACCAAACUGGUCAGUACACAACCAGAUUUGUGUGAGGCUUGUUUUGUAUCAAGCUCUCAGAUUACUUUAGUUGUGAGUUUAUUGGUGGAUUUGUAUUGUGUAAAGAAAUGUAAUUUAAUUUAACUAAGUUUAUGAGAAGAGUUUAAUGACAAGUCGAGAGAAAGGAGUGGGAUGACAUGGGGACGAGGAAGAUGAUAAGGGUUGGGAUGAACAUGAAGGGAUUAGGAGGAAUAGCAUGAAUGGGAUCAGAGAUUGGGAUGAGGAGAAUGAGUUGAGAAAUGAAGGGCAGAGAAAGGGCAGGGAUUAAAAACGAGGAAAAUAAAUAAAAGGGAAGAGAUUGAGUGGGAUUAGUAAAGCAUGAGAAAGGUCUCAUAAAGCUGACCACUGGUGACAAGUUGCAAACAAAAUUACUUAGUGUUUUUAAUGUGCUUGCCUGAGCCACGGGCCUGCACUUUCACAUCACUGUAACUGUUCAAAAAUAUGCAAGAAUCUGACUAGAUGUGAAGCAAGCGAGACAAAGUUACAAAUAAAAUAAACAUUUUGUAAUUCAAUUACAAGAUAUAAUGUACAAAUUUUGCGUGAAUGUUGCAAUUCAUUAACAGUUUCAACAAUAAGCACCAAUUCCAAAUGAAAACUUCUGUAUUUACUCUCAUUUUUAUGUUUCCAACCAGUCGCCAACAGUUGCAUUACAGGAUGAGACAGCAAAGGACUGACAUAAGGAAGACAGAGGAAAGGGUGAAGAGUACCCGUGCUGGAUCAUGAACGUUUGAAAGGUGAUUUGUUUAUUGUGGUUGUGGUGUGGCCCUUUCUCCACAACCUGAGUUAACACCAUUUAGCUCUUUAACUCUUUCUAAAACUGUAUUAGCCUGCUUUGAUUUUUGGACCUCUUCUUGUCCUCUCUGCCUUGUUUCGACUCAAAGAUGUUUAAACUUUAAAUCCUCACUGGGACAUGACACAUGGGAGUGUGACAAUACUAAGACUCAGUGACACAGCUCUGUCAUCGAUUGCCCGCUGACCUUCCUUGGCAUGUCCUCUAACACACUACCAGUAGUUAGACUAUAAUGGAUGUUGUGGUGCUGUUAGGCAGUGCAAAGCUGCACAUACGCUAUAGAAAUAGCUUAUUUGUUUGCUAUUUUUCUUCAAUUAAGUGACUUAGCAUAUUUGCAUAAAGUACUGUCCUCCGAUGUCGUUUAGACAUAUGUUGGUAGCUAUAGAUAGCUUGACAGGAUGCAAGACCUUUUGCUGUAGUUAUGCACACAAACCUGUUUUCCUUAAAGUGUCAAAUAGCCUAGCAAGUUUUAGUGCUUAUACAGAAUUUUGAUUUAUGAAUAUUUAUAAUCUAUUCUCUGAAGUAUAUUAAACUGAGAACUCUUACCAGCAGAGGCUCUCAGUUGAAGCCAGUCUUUUUUGAUCUGUCAUAUCGUGUCAUUGUGAGCCUGAUAAAAUACUGUCAUUUAUUAUGUGAAUACAUUGUAAAUGUAUGCCACUGUGUGAGCUGGAAUGUUUUGCAGUAACAUCUUUCUGGAGUUCAUAUAACCUGCCUUAUCCAAGGAAACUAUGUAAUAUUUAUAAAUAAAUGCGUAAUGCCUAAA